AUGUGCGGUUUCUCCCGCCGCUUCGACGCCUCCUACCGUGACGCCUUCAACAAGAUGAACGACGGCCUGAUCGGCACCCCCAGCGUCUUCCGCUCCCAGACCUGCGACAAGCUCGACCCCUCGGGUUUCUUCGUCGAAUACGCCCAAUUCUCCGGUGGUAUCUUCGUCGACUGCUCCAUCCACGAUAUUGACCUUGCGCUGUGGUUCUACGGCCAGGACUCCGUGGUCAAGUCCGUCACUGCUAUCGGUAUCACUGCCGUCUCCCCGGAAUUGAGAAAGUACAAUGACCGUGAUAACGCACUCGGUAUUGUCGAGUUCUACGGUGGAAAGAUUGCCCAGCUGUACUGUAGCCGUAUGAUGGCUGCUGGACAGGAAGACAGCACCGAGAUCAUCGGUACAAAGGGCAAGCUGGCCGUCAACACCCAGCCCAUCUCUAACCUGGUCAACAUCUACGAGCCGACCGGUAUCCGUCGCGAGAUCCCCCCACACUUCUAUGGACGAUUCCGGGAGGCUUUCAUCACGGAGGCGAAUGAGUUCACCGCUGCCUGUCUCGAUAACACGGAGUUGCCUGUCCAGCUGGAGGGGGCUGUCGCUGCUGUCCGGAUCGGAGCUGCUCUGCAGGAGAGUCUGAUCUCGGGUAAGAAGAUUGAGUUUGAUGAGCAGGGCAACAGGAUCUAA